CUUCUAGGACCUUUAUAUAUAUCCACCCACAAACGACACGUCUUACAUAGACUCCACUUGAUUCAUUCAUUUUCAUAACCUUGUCAAAUUUCCCUCUGCUUCUUUGCAUACGUGCACUUGUCUCUGUGAAACUCCUAUUUCCUGUAUUUCAGACUCAUCUUCAAGCAUGGAAGGGAAAGCCAAGGACAAGGUGGACUUUGAUUUUGGCUGCGGUUUGGUGGGAAGAAUUUUCCACCUCAAAACCAAUUACAGGACAAGAAAAUCCUCUGUUCAUUCACUGCCCAUGAAGCCUUGCAACACUGCACAACAGAGAGACCAGGCCAAAAACGAGUUCAAACCCCAUCUGAACCAUGAACCAAAGGUUCCACGAGAUACCUCCAACGGAAUUACACUGAAAGGGGAGCAGAAUCCUACCAGAAAGAGUACCUCUAGUCACCGGCCACCUUCUGCAUGCCGAAACAUUCCAAAUGGGAGACCCUCAGACGCUGCAAGAACCUCAGUUCAACAAAACUAUGACCCAAAUGACGAGACUAAGCAACAGAAAGAGAACUCUGGUAAUUCUCUGGAACUUGCAAGGAUAAGCACAGGUGCUAGUCAUCAUCAGAACAACGACACCAAAUCCCCAGCCAAAGAUUUUGUGUUACCGAUCACUGGGAAUUUGCUUGUGAAUAACAGUCCCAGAACUAGUGUUACAAAGAGCAAGGAGUUGAACUCCAUGUCCGGUUCCUCUAGUUACAGUAGUAACGGCAACAAAAGUGUGAUGGGGAAUAUCAUGAGGAAGAACAGUGAUGAACUUCAGCAAUUUCGGAGUCCAAGGAACGGCAGAGCGGACCCUGAGGUGAUGAAGUCCAUGGGGAAUGAAGCCUACAAGCUAGGAAGAUUUGAAGAGGCUUUGGUUUUGUAUGACAGAGCCAUUGCUCUUGACUCCAAUAAGGCAACGUAUCACUGCAAUAAGAGUGCAGCUUUGAUCGGUUUGGGAAGGUUUCUCCAGGCAAUUGUUGAGUGCGAGGAAGCUAUCAGGUUGGAGCCUUCUUAUGGCAGAGCCCACAACCGUUUGGCAACAAUUUAUUUCAGACUGGGAGAAGCAGAAAAGGCGCUGAAUUGCAAUGAAACAAGCCCAUCUGUUGAUUCCGUUCUCAGUUUACAAGCUCAGAAUCUUCAAAAUCACCUUAGCAAAUGCACUGAAGCUCGGAAAGUCAAAGACUGGAAAGCUAUAUUGAAGGAAACACAGGCUGCAGUAUCUUUAGGCGCUGAUUCAGCUCCACAGGUCUAUUGUUUACAAACUGAAGCCUUGCUGAAGCUCCAAAGACAUCAAGAGGCAUACGCUACCUUCGAGAAAAUGCCAAAAUUUGACCUUGAUAGUUGUAAGAAAAUAUUCGGUCCAGCUCGUAGUGCUUACCUCAUGAUGAUAGCUGCUCAAAUUUACUUGGAAGCCGGCAGGUUUGAGGAUGCUGUAACAACAUCUGAGAAAGCAGCUAAACUAGAUCCAAUUAGCUUUGAGGUGAAUGCAGUGGUGAGGAGAGCCAGAGCAGUGACAUCAGCCAGAAUGAGUGGUAACUUACUCUUCAAGGCAUCAAAAUUCACGGAAGCAUGCGCUGUGUACAAUGAAGGACUAGAGCAUGAUCCGUACAACUCAGUUCUGCUAUGCAAUAGGGCAGCAUGUCGUUCCAAGCUAGGUCAAUUUGAGAAAGCAAUUGAAGAUUGCAACGUGGCACUUAUACUUCAGCCUAGCUAUAGCAAGGCGAGGUUGAGGAGGGCAGAUUGCAAUGCCAAGUUGGAGAGAUGGGAAGCUGCGAUUCAAGACUACGAAAUGCUAUUAAGAGAAAAACCAGGGGAUGAGGAGGUGGCCAGAGCUCUGUUUGAGACUCAGCUUCAACUCAAGAUGCUGCGCGGAGAAGAUAUUAAGGACUUGAAAUUUGGUUCAAAUUUGUUUUUCAUCUCAAGCAAUGAUCGCUUUAGACACUACGUAACAUCCCCAGGGAUGUCUGUGGUGCUGUUUUGCAACAAGGCAACCCACAAACAAGUGUUGUUGGUGUUGGAGCAAACCUGCAAGAGAUUUCCGUCAGUUAAUUUUCUUAAGGUGGAGAUUGAAGACCACCCCUAUUUGGCAAAAUCAGAAGAUGUGAACUGCAUCCCGGCCUUUAAAAUAUACAAGAAUGGAUCAAGGGUGAAAGAAAUUCCAGGCAACAACCACGAGCUGUUAGAAAAAUUAGUUAAAUUAUACAGCAGUUGAAGAUAAUCACACUUCUUCAAAAGAGAGAAGAUACACUGCAGGAAAUGGGGAAGGUUAGAUUUUUCAGAAUGAAAAAGAAGCAGCCCAGAAUAAAUCAAGCUACCUGCUUCAUAAAUUUGGUCACCUUGCUCACAGCCUGUAGAAAAGUGUAUAGGAAAAGCAAUUCUUUGGGUUAGUGAUUGAUUUUUUGAAUACUUGGAUGAAUGUCUGAGAAAUCUUUAAUUCUUCAUAUUCAGUGUAUAUUGGUUUGGGAAACCUAAACAGGUUUUUUCGUUGUUAAAGUUAUUUAUUCUUUAGAGGAGUGAUUGUCUAGGUUGUAAUUCUAAGUUAUGACAAUAUAGUAAAAGGAACACGAUUGUUGUA